CUCGCCACCCGACGACGCGGCGACGGAGGGCUCGAUGUCGUUCCACUACCCGGACCACGGGCUCGCGAUGGACGCGGCGGCGGCCGCCGCCUCGUCGCCAAACCCUAGCUUCUCACCCGGCGGCGGCGGCGGGGAGAGGGAGAAGGCGGCCAUCGCGGCCCACCCGCUGUACGAGCGGCUCCUGGAGGCCCACGUCGCCUGCCUCCGCGUCGCCACCCCCGUCGACCAGCUCCCCCGCAUCGACGCGCAGAUCGCGGCCCGCCCGCCCCCGCUCGCCGCCGCCGCCGCGGCCGCGGGCGGGCCCUCCGGUGGCGAGGAGCUCGACCUCUUCAUGACACAUUAUGUAUUGCUUCUCUGUUCAUUUAAAGAACAACUCCAGCAGCAUGUACGUGUUCAUGCAAUGGAAGCAGUGAUGGGUUGUUGGGAGCUUGAACAAUCCUUACAAAGUCUAACAGGGGCAUCUCCUGGUGAAGGCACUGGGGCGACUAUGUCUGAUGAUGAAGAUAACCAAGUGGAUAGUGAGGCCAACAUGUUUGAUGGAAACGAUGGGUCAGAUGGUAUGGGCUUUGGUCCCCUGAUAUUGACCGAGGGUGAACGGUCUUUGAUUGAACGUGUUCGACAUGAGCUGAAGAGUGAGCUUAAACAGGGGUACAAAGAAAAGCUGGUUGAUAUCAGGGAGGAGAUCAUGCGCAAGAGGAGAGCUGGUAAACUUCCCGGGGAUACUGCAGCUACAUUGAAAGCCUGGUGGCAAGCUCAUUCCAAGUGGCCGUACCCUACCGAAGACGACAAGGCUCGCCUGGUGCAGGAGACGGGGUUACAACUGAAGCAGAUUAACAAUUGGUUCAUCAACCAACGCAAAAGGAACUGGCACAGCAGCAACACAGCUUCCUCUAGCGAAAAGACCAAGAAGAAAAGAAACGUUACAGGUAAUGACGGCACGGAGCAAUCGUGGUAGACCGGGUCCCAGAUGAAACAAACUAGAUGUAAACUAUACUUUUAUCAUGAAGAUUGCUGCAGUAUAUUCUCUCCCUCUCCUCUUUCUUUCUGGUGGGGCAACUAGAUACGAAGACGACCCGUUCACAAGCAAGUUCAAAGGCAAAGAAGGUAUCAAUAAUAGUUGACCAAAGGUGGUAGCGACUCCGGAUGUACAGUGUGAGUGUUUUGCUGAUGUAAUUUGUGUAAGCCUGUGUUGUAUAACCGAGGAACGGAAGGGGGCAUUGUGUUGGUGUAUGUACUUGUAUAUUCGAUUCAUCAUGUAACAAUAUGUUAGACAGACACGGAUUGGGUGUUCUGUGGGUGUGAUGCACGGUGUGGCAUGGUCUGGAACGAAACCGUUUUGUUUGAGAUGUAUUGGAAGUGUGGAAGGCUAAGUUAUGCAGUAGUAUUUGUAAGCUCAUACAUACGGAUGAUAACUUGCACGACUAAGUUAUGCAGUAGUAUUUGUAAGCUCACAUAUACGGAUGAUAACUUGCAUAUGUACCUGUGAAUGUGGUGGCUCUGCUCA